AUGGAGACACGCAAGGAGAAGGGCAACAGGUCGCCCAGAACGUCACCAGUGCCUAUACAUGCAUCGCAGUCUGAUUCCACAUCCUCUUCUCCAUCGUCCACCGUCAAAGUAUCAUCUCCAUUGAACCCAUCGUCCUCUCCACCUUCGACCAAACUUUCGCCCUUUGCCUCCAUCGAUCAUGCAUCUCUUGCAAUAGAACCGUCGCUGAGCCGGCAAAUCGAUCGUCCUUCUCGUUCACGAGUGCACUCAGUCUCCACCGUGCGUUCCUAUACCCCCACUGGAGAGCCUGUGUCACGCGUCAGCUCCAAUCCCUUGCCUGCACUCUCAACUUCUGCUUUCGCUUCGCCAGGUCGCGGGUAUUCUUCACGCAGUCCCUCUCCUGCUCGAGACCGCUCUGCGAGUCCCUUGCGCGAUGCGACUUGGAGAGUUGCAUCUGGCCGAUCCGAAACGCCACCGCACGGUGUGCCGGUCACCUGGUGGAAUUCGCGCGAGCCGAUUCCUCGGGCAUGGGAACACAGGAGGCAGCGAACGGUACCACCUGAACAUACAGAAGGAUGGCUGCGCACCCGCAAGCGUGUAGCAGACGCUGCAGUGAGCAUAAUGGGAGUCGCAGGAGAUGUUGUCCAUGAAGCGCUGCUUCUCAGCUCAGACGUAGUACAGUUUUCACCGAUUCCUGGUCUUCAAGUAGCCGCGCGAGGACUACUCGACAUCUGGGACGCUCUGCAACUUGUUGACAUGAAUCGUCUCGCGUGCUUACGGCUUACGGAGCGAUGUGCAACUAUCUUACUGUCGGUGCGAGAGGAGAUCGCUGAGGCCGGAGACGAAGUGGGACAAGAGCUCUUCAGCCCCAUCACGCGUCUUGUCGGAACGUACAGUCAAAUCCAUGGGUUCAUGCUCAAGCAGAAUCAUCGGCCGUUCAUCAAGCGGUAUCUCAAACGUGGCGAAGUACAGCAGUCCAUUCAGGAGUGCGAGCAAGGCCUCAACGAUGCUCUCAGUAUGUUCAGCCUCGCCAUCCAAGUGCGUAUUCUGAAGCAAGUUCUUCACGCUGAAGAACAACGCCAGGCGGACACUGCUGCUCUGCUUGAUCAUGUUAUGCACAGUUCCCCAUUAGAGAAAGACUUGCCUGCAUUGCCCAUCACGUCGUCCAACUUGCUGCAAUUCUCCAGCACGGUAGCCGAUUCCGCUAGCUCUAUCGAAUCCAGGAACUCGGACGAGGUCAGGGCAACUCUGCAGGAGCUUGCCGAACGUCAAAACGAGCAGGACCUGGUGCAGGACACAGCGGACAUGCGGCAGCUGAUGCGAGCUGCCUUGCAGGCCAACAGCGAUGUCGAAAUGAUCCGGGUGCUGCAAGUCGGACGCGACGAGAUGCCCGAGGCGAUCAAGGUUUUACAGCGUGCUCUCGAGACGGAGGUUGAGCGCGAGAGCAUCGUCUCUGAGCACGACUACGAGGAUGCUGUCUCUGCCGCCAUUGCCGCCGAUAUCACUACUGGCCCGGUCGAGUCGCACACUCGUAUGGACGCGAGCGUCCAAAGCAGGAAGUCCUCUGGUGGAGGCAGCUCGCUCUCGUGGAAGAGCACCCCACGCGAUACUCUCGACAGAGAGUUCAUCGAAACUGGAAUAGAUGCGUUGCGGCGUCUGAGCGGUGCAGAGGUAUCGUUGCCCAGCUGGACGAUCACGCGAUAUGAGGUGGACAGAGAGGAGAAGAUUGGGAUCGGCUUCUUUUCUGACGUCUAUAAGGGCACGUGGAGGAAUCGCACUGUCGCAAUCAAGGUUCUUGCCCAGACGACCCCGCGACAGAUGUUCGUCCAUGAGGUGUCGAUAUGGAAGACGCUGCAGCAUCCCAACGUGCUUGAGCUUCUCGGUGCCUCCUCGACAUCGUGUGACCCUCCGUGGUUCUUCGUCAGUCCGUAUUACAAGAACGGCAGUAUGGUGGAAUACCUGAGAGGCGUGCCCACCCUUGAUUCUGUCGACCUCCUGAAGAUGAUCCAUGAGACCGCUAAAGGAAUGAGUUACUUGCACGGCAGAGGUGUGCUGCAUAGCGACCUCAAGGGUGCGAACAUUCUUGUGAACGAUCGGGGACACUGCGUGAUCUCGGACUUUGGUCAGAGCGAGAUGAAGUCCGAGGUUUACCGCAUUAGCGGAACGCCCCUGCCUCACGGGACGCUUCGUUGGCAGGCGCCCGAGCUCAUGGCUGGUCAGAGCAACAUGACGCAGCAAAUGGACGUGUACGCCUUCGCAAUCUGUUGCGUCGAGGUCCUCACUAAGGGGAACCUACCUUGGCCGACGGCUGACGACGACGCAGUGCGGUACUUCGUCUUAGAGCAAAAUAUGAGGCCCGAAUUACCCCUUGUGCGGGUCUGGAGUUCUCAGCUCGGCAAUGUUAUUCAGUCGUGUUGGAACGUCAAUCCGACCUUGCGCCCUUCCUUCUCCAAGAUUGAACAUGACAUUAAGCAGAUUCGCCUUCAUUUUGGUGCUGAUCUUAGAGAGUCCCCACUCCCACUGAAAUCUCCGGAGCUUGCGACGCGCAAGUCUCCUGACAUGCACCCGGUCCCUUUGCCGUUGCUUCCGCCGGACACCAUCAUAGAGGAAUCCACAAUAUCUUCCGACGCAGCUUCUGUCCAAAGUGCCCCUGCUGAACUCGUCACUACCGCCCUGCGUCGACCAGAGCCUGUUCAGUUGUCUCGCCAAGGCAGUCGCACUUCAUCUGUGCACUCGAUGCUGGACAGCCUCUCUGAGGACGGUGUGAUACUCGAUCGAGUAGACUCUCCGCCACCCCUGGAUGAGCUCCGUGCGGAGGUGCGUGACGAAAGGCGCUAUCGAAUGCUACUGCAGCACGAGUUCCAUCCGUCGUUGACGCUCCCGCUAUGGACUCCCACAGUAGUGGCUUUGGGCGCUGUGGGCUAUCACUCGAAGCCAUCCGGCGAAUUUAUAACGCUUUUCAAUUCAUUUCGGCCCGCGGAGUCAUCGGGGGGCGUGGCGCGCGAUAUUCCGUCCUUGUAUGGUUAUGGACGUGUUGCGACCGGAAGCCAGCGCCAGGACAAGCGUAAGGUCGGGCAGCGCGCUAUGGAUCUCAUCCAGUCGUGGGUACCAUCACGCGGUACCGGCCCCCCUAACGUUAGUCGGCGCUACUCGUCGCCACUUCGUGCAGGCCACAAAGCGGCGCACCUCUUCACCGAGCUGACAAUGUAUCGCUACGUUGAAGAACUCGCGACGCCGAAGCAGUGGUUCAAAGCCAAUAUAGACCACAUUCUCGAUCUCUACGGGGCUGUACAUCAAAUCACUCGGGAGGAUUUGUACUUGGUGAUCGGUACCCUGGAGGCGCAGGACUAUGCGCUCUUCGUGAGUCACAGCCACCCGGACGGACAGGUGAACUUCAGCGUUUACGCAGCACCACGCGCGGGUCAGCCUUGGGGCGCGUUCUCAACGGCAGACGCGUACCACCCCACGCAUGGCAUGUCCGGCUCGCAGGUUGGGGGAGCUGCGGGACCGGUGUAUGACGAGCCCGUCGGGAGUAUGCUCUCUGCGAGCAAGGUCUCCAAUGCUGGGCGCGCGGAGCGCGCGGACGGUUGGCCGGUCGUGCUCGUCGCGCGUCUGCGAUUCAAACCGGAUGGCAGCGAACCGACAUCCUUGUGA